AUGGUGCUGCGCAAAUAUGGGGUGAAACACAAGGUAGCAACCCCAUAUCAUCCACAAACAAGUGGCCAAGUCGAAGUGUCAAAUUGGGAUAUCAAAAGCAUCCUGGCAAAGACAGUAAAUGCCAACAGAACUGACUGGUCCAGGAAACUCGAUGAUGCACUAUGGGCAUAUCGGUCCGCUUACAAAACAAAUAUCGGUAUGUCUCCAUAUCAGUUCGUUUAUGGUAAGGCUUGUCAUUUUCAUGUCGAGCUUGAACACAAAGCAUUGUGGGCAUUGAAAGCUCUAAAUAUGGACUGGUCCAAAACUUCAAGGGAGAGGGUGGAGCAGUUGAACGAACUAGAUGAAUUUAGACUCAGAUCGUAUGAAAGUUCAGCUAUCUAUAAAGACAAGAUGAAGAAAUGGCAUGAUGAUAGGAUACUCAACCGUGACUUCAAGAUAGAAGUGUGGAAAGUGAAUGAAAAGCACAAAAUGGCGAGCAAUAGGUCUAAUCAGUGA